UAUACGAGCAUAUAUCCAUGCUUUCAGGGAUAAACCAUCUCACAAUGGCAUCUUCUUCCUCCUUGUUUCUCCUCGCCGUCCUUCUUGCGCUGGUUUCAUGGCAGGCCACUGCCUAUGAUCCUAGCCCUCUCCAAGAUUUCUGUGUCGCCGACAUGAAAUCACCUGUACAAGUAAAUGGGUUCCCUUGCAAGGACCCAAUGGCCGUCAACCCAGACGAUUUCUUCAAUGCAGCCAUGCUUGACCAACCCAGGGAUACCAUGAAGAGCAAGGUCGGCUCCAACGUCACCAACAUCAAUGUCAUAAAUUUUCCCGGCCUUAACACCCUCGGCAUCUCGUUGGCGCGCAUCGACUAUGGACCAUUGGGCGUGAACACACCACACAUACACCCACGUGCCACCGAGCUCCUCACCGUUCUUGAGGGAACACUAUACCUUGGAUUUGUCACGUCCAACCCAAACAGGCUCUUCUCCAAGGUGGUUAAGAAGGGUGAUGUAUUCGUGUUCCCAAAGGCAAUGAUCCACUUCCAAAUGAACCUUGCCCAUGACAAGCCGGCAGCUGCGUUGUCAUCACUUAGCAGCCAAAACCCUGGGGUUAUUAGUAUUGCCAAUGCAGUCUUUGGAUCAAAGCCACCGAUUUCAGAUGAUGUUUUGGCCAGGGCGUUUCAGGUGGAGAAGGACCUGAUCCAUUGGCUCCAAUCUCAGUUCUGGGAGAACAACAACUACUAACUUUUUUUGUAGGAGUUUCCACCUAUGAGAAAGUUAAUAUGUAGUAGUAGUAUAUAGAAUAAAUGGCAUGCAUGCGUGCUAGUGAGACGUGAUUUUUUUUUCCUUAUGUAUCAUGACAAGAUACGUUGCUUGUUGGAUUGAUGUCAUAGUAUCGUGAUGCUGUAUGCUUUCCACUAUCUAAUAAAUGGAAUACAUUGACAUGUUUCAGUUCC